AUGGACCAGCUCAGCGAGGCACAGAUCGCAGAGUUCAAGGAGGCCUUCUCCCUCUUCGACAAAGAUGGAGACGGCACGAUCACGACGCGCGAACUCGGCACCGUCAUGCGCUCGCUCGGACAGAACCCGACAGAGGCAGAGCUCCAGGACAUGAUCAACGAGGUCGACGCGGACGGGAAUGGACAGAUCGACUUUCCCGAGUUCCUCACCAUGAUGGCACGCAAGAUGCGCGAAACCGACUCGGAAGAAGAGGUCCGAGAGGCAUUCAAGGUCUUUGACAAAGACGGGAACGGGUUCAUCUCGGCUGCCGAGUUGAGGCAUGUCAUGACCAACUUGGGCGAAAAGUUGAGCGACCAGGAAGUCGAGGAGAUGAUUCGCGAGGCGGACGUCGACGGCGAUGGACAGAUCAACUACGACGAGUUCGUCAAGAUGAUGAUCAAGUAA